AAAGAUCACAACUUCACCAAGAACAGAAGCAGAAGCUUUUAUACAAUGGAAGAACAGCUUAUCUUUUUCACCACCUUCUCUGAAUUCAUGGUCCACCAAUAGUAUUGGCAAUCUCUACAACUGGACUUCUAUCACCCGUGAUAGCUCCACUGGAAUGGUUUCUCAAAUCAACCUCAGCAAUGCAAACAUCACCGGAUCACUAGCCCAGUUCAACUUCACCUUAUUUUCCACUCUAACCCACUUCGACCUGCAUAAUAACAAUCUUGUUGGAUCAAUACCACCAGCCAUUGGUAGCCUAUCCAAGCUCACUCACCUGGACUUAAGCAACAACAAUUUGAUAAAUAUUGUGCUUGUGGAGAUGGGGCAAUUGACAGAGCUUCAGUAUGUCAACCUGUUUAACAAUAGUCUUAAUGGUAGCAUCCUUUAUCAAGUAAGUUAUCUUCAAAAGGUAUGGUACUUAGACCUUGGAUGGAAUUACUUAACAGAUCUUGAUUGGUCCAAGUUCUUAGAUAUGCCUUUGUUAAUUCAUCUUGGAUUUUCAAAUGAUGCCUUAAAAUUAGUUUUCCCUCCUUUCAUCACCAAUUGUCGGAAUCUUACUUUUCUAGACUUGUCAAUCAAUUCCUUAAUUGGCACAAUACCAGAAUCAGUGUUCACCAAUUUAGUUAAGCUUGAGGCUUUCAAUCUUAAUCAUAAUUCAUUUGAGGGUCCACUGCCAUCAAACAUUUCCAAGCUUUCUAAGCUUGUAUCUCUUCAACUAGGAGCCAACAAAUUCAGUGGUCCAAUUCCUGAGAGUCUAAGUCUUUUGUCUAAGCUUGAAAUUCUUGAAUUGUUUGAAAAUCCUAUAAGAGGUAUCAUUCCCUCUUCUUUUGGUAAGCUAAAGAAACUCAAGAAGCUUGAUCUUCACUCCAAUUCCUUCAAAUCUACCAUCUCUUCUGAGCUUGGUUCAUGUACCAAUCUCACCUUUUUGGCUUUAGCCAAGAAUCAACUCACUGGUCAACUACCUCUAUCCUUCUCCAAUCUGGUUAGAAUCUCUGAGUUAGGUCUUUCCAAUAAUUUUCUUUCUGGUCAAAUCCUUCCUUUUCUUAUUGGCAAUUGGACCCAAUUGAUCUUAUUGCAGCUUCAAAACAAUAAUUUUAAAGGUAAGAUUCCAUCUGAAAUUGGCUUACUAACAAAGCUAAGGAUUCUCUAUUUGUUUAACAACAUGCUUUCAAACUCCAUUCCUUCAAAGAUUGGGAAUUUGAAAAAUGUUGUAGAAUUAGACCUUUCAGGAAACCAACUUUCUGGAUCAAUUCCUUAACUCUAUGGAGUCUCACAAGGCUUCAAAAGUUGCAGCUGUUCUCUAAUAAUCUCAAUGGCACAAU